GGACGAGUGAUGGAUCCUGGUCUUCUGGCUGUAUUCUUCGUGCUCCUAUCCUCCUGAGAUGGGAUGCGGAGCAAGCAGUAAGGUGCUCCCAGAGCCUAUGGAGCCUCCCCUGAAAAAACAUCCUUACUAUGUCAAGCUGAUCCGUGCCAUGGUUCCAGUUCAGUUCUGUAAUGAGCCGGUACAAUGCAAGGCAGAAUUCUGGGGGCUGCAAGAAGAACCUAAAAGACAACCAGACGUAGAGGCAAAGAAGAUUCAAGUGGCUCGAUACCGUGCCAAGUUUGACCCCAGAGUUACAGCUAGAUAUGAUAUCAAGGCUCUUAUAGGAAGGGGAAGUUUCAGCAGGGUUGUGAGAGUUGAGCACAAAGCCACACGACAACCUUUUGCCAUAAAGAUGAUUGAAACACGAGCCAAGGAAGGGAAGGAAGUGUGCGAGUCUGAGCUCAACAUCCUCAGAAGGGUCAGUCAUCAUAACAUCAUCCAGUUGAUUGAAGUGUUUGAGGCUCAUGACCGAGUAUAUAUGGUGAUGGAACUGGCCACCGGAGGGGAGCUGUUUGACCGAAUCAUUGCUAAAGGAUCAUUCACUGAACGGGAUGCCACCAAGGUACUUCAGAUGGUUUUAGAUGGAAUAAACUAUCUCCAUGGACUGGGCAUAACGCAUAGAGAUCUAAAACCGGAAAACCUUCUCUAUUACCACCCUGGGGCAGACUCAAAGAUAUUAGUUACUGAUUUUGGUUUGGCAAACUCUGGUAAUAAAGGUGGAGACUGGUCAAUGAGGACCAUAUGCGGCACACCUGAGUACAUUGCUCCUGAGAUUAUUCUGAGAAAGCCUUACAGUAAUGCAGUGGACAUGUGGGCUCUCGGAGUCAUCACCUAUAUUUUACUUAGCGGAUCUAUGCCGUUUGAAGAUGAAAACCGUACAAGACUUUACCGGAUGAUCCUUAAAGGAAAAUACAGUUACUUAAGUGAUCCUUGGCCAAAUGUUUCCAAUCUUGCAAAGGACUUUAUAGAUCGCUUGCUCACUGUGGAUUCCACUGAUCGAUUGUCGGCAAGUGAUGCCACACAACAUCAAUGGAUCAAGUCUAUGGCUGCAUCAUCAUCCAUGAAGAACCUUCACAGGUCCAUCUCACAAAACAUGAAAAGAAGGGUCUCAUCUCGAUGCCAGAGCACCAAGUCGGAGCAGUCUCUGAAAUCUGGCCAUUCCAACAAGUCACGGCGCAUGAGAGAGAUCAUGGAACGCAAUUUGCGUUACCAGGCACAUGUUCUGGGCAAUGAUGCCUGAGACACAACAUUUUACCUCUGCAAUAAUUUUACCAUCCACUUAUUAACUCUCUGUAUGAAAAUAUAAUGCAUGUCAACCAAAGUCCCAUAAACAGUAGGUCCUGGUGUAAUUAUCACACGAUACACGUCUUCACAUCUUCUGAACCUUGUAAAUAAUAUGAUGAUCAAAUAUUAUGUACAUAGUAAUGGUCCUUUAUAUACUGUAUUGAGGGUGUCACUUUGGGUAGGAGGGGCGGUCUUUGUGAAGGAAUUUAUGUUGUAUAUUACUUCUUCAUGUUAAGUUUGUUUUUGUUAUACUAUAAUGGACUUUUUUUUAGAUCUGAUAUAUC